CCUAGAGGUCCAGGUGGUAACCUUGGGGCGAGCGUGAUAACGUCUUGUCGAUGUUUUAUGCUACAUGACAUGUACUGUUUAUCUUGUCACCGGAUAAUUCUGAAUAAUAUGCUAAAGACAGUGGGCAUUAGAUAAAUUGGGGGCUUGUAUCACUAUUUCUGAUUCAUUUGCAGCUCCAAAUGAAGCCUGAUAUAUUACUCCCCCUUUCGUUUUACCGAAAGAACCAGCUUUGUGUAUUUCAGGUUGUCGUCGUAGAUGGCAAAUUUCCCGCUGUCAUCGGAGUUUCAUCUUCUGACAAUGUUGAGAUUUCUGAUACGGCAUUAUCUAAGUUUGGCUCAGACAUACGUCGAAAAUUCAUCAUUCAACUGCCACACCGAGUGAUUCCUGCAAAGUCCUUGAGACUAGAGAUUAUGUAACCUAAAUUAUUGUAAUUUUACCGUGAAGUAGGAAUCCAGUGGACCCAUUUCUCCUACCUCUUUUGGAGAAUAGUCUUCAUUAUAGGUUACAAAUGUCACAUACUAUAAUCGGAACGAUGCAGACUAUUCGUGCACUUGGAGAUAACUUUUGUAUAAUAAUCACCGAGGCCGUUUCUACGUCCGGAGAGUCGUUUUUCUAUCAAAAUACCGGGGAAAGCAUUGUAAAGAAGGAAUCUGACUUUUCUCCACAUCGGGACGAUUUCAGUUUUUCCUCUGAGUCAUUCAACAACACUGAUAAUCCUUGGUCAUGUGAACUUAUUCAGAGAACUUCUGAUCAGCCUGUGUUUAAAAUUGGUUCUUCUACUAAGUUGAUUGUGAUCCAAGCUAAAGCUUCACACAUUUUAUCAGUUGGGUUUAAAAACUCUGAGAUUUCCAAGUCGAAACCAAAAGAUGUGAACAGUUACUUGUUUGGUUUAGAUACAGUUAGAAGUGUAGUACUUAGCUAUCUUAAAAACUUCUUAUUAACCUGUACUCAUGGAAAUGAAGCUGCUUUUUCUUCCAAUAUAAAGCCUGGAAUUAUUCUAUAUGGGCUUCCUGGUUGUGGAAAACGUACAUUUCUUGAGAAUAUUGCCAAUGACCAAACGGACUUAGUUCCAGUAAAUGGGUCCUCAUAUGAAAAGCCAUUGUUCGUCACACUUACAUCUAAACUAAUCACCGAAUUGACUAAGGAAUCUUCUAAUCGUAAUGGCUAUCAUUGGCUGACGAAUAUGAUUGGACAGUUAGAUAUCAAUAAUCGAAGCUGUAUUCCUGUAGUUAUAUUAUGGCCUAACAUCGACAAAUGGAUUGAUCACGAUGAUAAUACGGAAGCUAAUACUCAUUCUACAACUGAUACAGAUGUUGAAUCAAAAAUGUUUCCUAAAAUUUUAGAAAGGCUUGUAGAAUCCAUCCAAAUGGUUAACCAGAGUUUUGUUCACAAUGAAAAAGUAGUAUAUCGAUUUUGUAUUCUCGCAACAGCCACUACGAUUGAUAAAGUUUUUAGCAUUCAUGAAUGCAGAGAACUAUUUUAUAGACGUUUGUUAAUAUCACUACCGGAUGCAAGUAAACGUUAUCAAAUAUUAUAUCAUUAUAUCAACUUGUGUUUGAGUCCUGGGACUGAUUUCAAAUCUAGUAGUGGGUCUUCUCACGAUUCUACUAUGAAUGUUCAACCAUGUGAUAUAAUAGAUGAAAAUGAAAGUCUUAUUCAUGUUGCAACUCGAUUGCAUGGUUAUACACCAAAUGAUUUAGUUCGCUUGGUUCAUGUCAGUUAUGCAACUUUCUUAUCCAAACAGAACGACAAUUCUGAUUUUUCAAAAACCAGAAACUUUAAUCAGUCAUUAGAUUUGUUUUGUGAAAUUAUGAUCAACGAAUCUCAUUCCUACUUGCCGAUUAAUCUUUCUCAACAUAUAACUUCAGUGGAACCGUUACGAUGGACUGAUAUUGGUGGAUAUCAUGAACUCAAACUCAUAUUUAAAACUAUGAUACAAGAUCGUUUAAUCAGCGCUGCCAAGCCUAAUAGUUUAGAUGCCAAGGCAGAUGCUGCUCUACGUCUUUGUGUACCUCGUGGAAUAUUACUUCAUGGUCCUCCAGGUUGUUCCAAGACUAUGUUUGUUCGAGCUCUAGCUACUGAAUGUCAACUUCCGUUGAUUGCUGUUCAAGCAUCGAGGAUAUUUGGUCGUUAUGUUGGUGAUAGUGAACGUAAUAUGCGAAGAAUUCUUGUACAUGCUCGUGCUUCUGCUCCUGCUAUUUUGUUUAUUGAUGAAAUCGAUCUGUUACUUCCUUCACGAAAUUCAGGCGAAACAAGUGCAAGUGAACAUGUUUUAGGUGAAGUCUUAAUGGCUAUGGAUGGAGUUGAAGGUCAAAAUGGACAAGUAAUUCUCGUUGCAGCAACUAACAGAAUGGAUAAUUUAGAUUCAGCAUUAAGUCGUGCUGGUCGUUUUGAUUUAGUCAUUGAAGUAUCACCACCCGACGCAGAAGCUCGAAUAGAAAUUCUACGCUUAGAAUUAUCGAAACGUGCAUUAAAAGAUAAAUCAUUGACCAAUUGUAAAUGGUUACAUUUAUUCGCUACAAAUCAAUUGAUUAAUUAUACAGGAGCCGAAGUUGUCCAAUUAGUUCAACAUGCAUCUCAACUUGCUCGUCAAGAUAAUUCUAAUCAAUUGUGCAAAGAACAUCUUCUACAAGCUCAGAUUUUGUUACCACCUCGUUCACUUUCAAAUUAUUUUUCUCAAAGAAAAACAUUUAACAAUGAGAUGACAAUAUCAACUAAUAAUCCCAUGAUUUCUAUUCAUCAUAAACUUUGGAUUUUUUCAGUUUUAAUUCUUCUCUGUAUUGCUGGUAUUUUUCAACUAGUUUAUGUUAACAUUUCGAAAAUUAUGUAAAACAACACAAUCUGCUUUAAUUAUUAUUUUUUUGUUUAAAAAGAAAAGAUAUUUAUAGUGUUUGAUAAAUUCAGUGAUUUUUAUUCCUUGUAAUUAAUUAUGUGAGUGGUAUAUUCUCCUACUUGAUAUUUUUAUAAGAAAGAAAUAUGUAUAUUGAUUUUAUACAUAUCUAUUGUGCACUAUAUAAAAU